ACACGUUGCGUCCUCGGAGCUUGCGCAGUAAAGGGGACCAGCAGACCCUACGAAAAACAACAACAAUCACUACAGGCCGAGAGAGAUGGCUCCGUGAAACCCCGCACGUCUGCCCCCCUGAACACGACACAACCCCUUCCCUGUUGCUGCUAUUUCCACCGGAGCAUUAUCAGUCCAUGGUGCGGAGCCCAUGAACCUGGCCAGUCUUAGCGGGGAUGCCGGCGGGAGCCAGCUCCUCUUCGCCAACUUUAACCAGGACAACACGUAAGCCUGGGCCGGGAAGAGUCCGGGGAGCAGGGGGGGCCUGCGACGCACUGGGCUCGGAAGAUAGUCCGGGGAGCUGGGGCCCUGCGUUGUCAAGCUAGCUGGGAUUAGCUUGGUUAGCUCGGGUUUAAUUGGGUGACAGGUGUAAAAUGUCAUGGUGUAAUACUGUCUGGGUCUGGGAUUAUAGCACAGAAACGGAGAUCACCUCACAGGCACGUCGUAGUGCGUGAAGUAACCGACAAAGUCCCGCUAGCAUGCGCGUGAUCAUAGUCGUUACUAGCAUAGCUUUGAGGCUAACAUGAUGCUGUGCUUUCCGGGGCUAACUUCAACAACAAUAAUCACACAGACGGAGUGUCAGUUUGACUUUUGGGGGCCGGUGGUGACUUUUAUCAUUGUUAAUAAACUUUUAGCUGAUAAGUUAUUUAGCCUUGGGGUUGUUGUGUAGUUAGCUUUCAGUGAGACUUCAAAACUCUUUGACUGUAACUGGGUCACUCUGUGUCUUGUGGACAACAAGCUGCUGAAGGACUGUUUUUCUUGGCUAAGUUUACUCACACUGAAGGAGCCUUCUCUUUUUGUAAAAUAUCUGUCCCAGUCUAAACCAGUCUACUUAGACCUGAUCCCCUGAAGUCCAAUUAAAAGCCCCUUUGAGAUAAAAUAAUAAGUUACCUAAGUUUGUUCUUGUGUGAAAAUGUGUAGGUGUAACAGUUGUGUUGUGCUGCUUUCAAUCUAUUUUUACUAUUCACAGGUCUUUAGCUGUUGGCACCAAAUCAGGAUACAAGUUUUUCUCGCUGUCCUCUGUGGACAAACUGGAGCAGAUAUAUGAAUGUAGUAAGUACUCACAAAGCUGUGUUCAUACUUGUAAUUGAAAACAGAAGCCUUUCGCCUAUACAGCAGGUUUACACGUAGUUGUUCUGCAGGUACCGUGUUUUAACUAAGUCAUGAUUUUGCUUAGUCAUAUUCUUAGCAGGCGCUGUCUGAACAUAAACAUUCACCGCACUGCACAUCACUGCUGGUUCUUCAAAUAUUUAGUAGAUGUGUCAGCACUUUUCUAACAUGCAUACGCUGUAACAUCAAGUUUCCUCCACAUUAUUGUAUUCAGUUAUGUUAAUGUCUAACCCAAGUAUGCUGAGCAAGCUAACUUGUGCCUUAUGAUAAGCCUGUUGAAUUUAAAUAGCAAAUGCAAAGUAGGUAGUACAAGUACAAUUAUCGAAUUGACAAUGUGCGAUGAGCUGUCGUUACGGUAAAUAGAAUCCUGAAAGCAUUAGAAAAGUGGUGUAACAACACAAUAUAGACACAUACAUAACAACACAUGACUUACUGCCCAGCUACAAACUCAAUGCUGAUCCAAUUAUUUUAUCAGCUCACUCAUGGGUGGAAUCAACAAUAACUGUACAUUUAUAUUCAUGGUGAAGUCCAAACAUCAGUGUACUUUACUGCUAAAAAUUUUUUAUUUAGACUGGUUAUUUUCACCCAAAGAAAAGGUAAAACUCUGGUCUGCUUUACUGUUAUUUAAAACUUUAAACUAGGAAUACAGCAGUGUAUCAGUGUUUGUAUCCUGUAGUAUCCUGUCUCUAUCCUCAUCACAUUUAUAUAAAGCCAAUACACCAUUGACUCAUUUUGAUAAACAAACAUAAAAGAAUAUAUGUGCACAAGGCCUCUGAGAAAAAUAUUCAACAUGCAUCUUUAAUAUGUUAUUAAGACAUUUUAGAAAUAGACCAAUAAAUUAAGAAAUACUUUUUCUUAUCUUAUCUUAUGUUAAAGGGGACUAUAUACACAUAAAGCAAAUUUCAUAGCCUAUUAAAAAAACUGCGCCCCCCCCCCCCCAAAAAAAAAAAAGAAAGAAAGAAAGAAAAUAAAUAAAUAAUAAUAACAAUAAUAAAAAUAAAAGAGAGUAAUAGAAAAAACACAUCAAUUUUGACUUUAUUCAUAUUGUAAGUAUUGGUAUUGGCUCUGAUUUAACAAUUGGUGUAUCUCAACAUCAAACUGAACAUCUUCAUUCAGUCCAGUUAAAACAUUGACAAUGUCCUGCUGGUUUUUGUAACAAAUACUGAAAGUAAAAGAAGCAUUGUACAAGCCCAAAGUGUUUUGCAAACCCCAACCAUGUUGUGGUUUUUGUUCACUUGAUGUCUGUUUUCUUCAAUUUGGUUAUUGCCACUUAACUUAUGCUGUCAUCUCACCGAACUCCGCCCCACCCCACCCAGUUCCUGAUCAUUUUUUCUCCCAUCCUCUUUUUUUUUCUCUGCUGGUCAGCCUUUAACAACUCAUCUUAAGUUUUGCUCUCUCCAAAUAGAAAUAGCGUAAUGCUAAAAAAUAUGUUACAAACAGAUACUACCAGAACUUAACUUUUUUGCCGCAGUGUCAACCGGGAGAGGUGAAAUCAUUAACUUUAUAAUGUGACAAAACUCCUCUCCAUGAAUAGAUUUGACAUAUGUGAUCAAAUAUGAUGAUAUCGAUAGUAACUUAAUCUUUUAACUGUUUUGUAGAAGUAUUCUUCAUUUUAGAAGCAACAAAUCUCACAGAAGCUGACAAAUACAGCACCACUCCUGGCGUCACAGUGAAACUGUCUCUUCGGAGCUUACUGUCAAAGCGUUCACUUUUUGACAUUUUAAUUUAUUGCCUCGCCCUGUAAGAAAAUUGAAACUGCUACCGCAGGGUUGUCAGUGAGGAAACUAAUAAAAGAAGAAAGGAUCCCACUGUGGGAACACUGUGAGAUGAUGGUUUCUGUCUGUGUUUGUGUGUUUCUGCAGCAGACACAGAGGAUGUUUGUAUCGUGGAGCGUCUGUUCUCCAGCAGCCUGGUUGCCAUCGUCAGCCUCAAGGCCCCCAGGAAGCUUAAAGUCUGUCACUUCAAGAAGGGAACCGAGAUCUGCAACUACUCCUACUCCAACACCAUACUAGCUGUCAAACUCAACAGACAGGUAGCUGAAAGCCACACACUCUGUCUGUCUUUAUGCAUGUCGGUGUCACUCUUCCAUGUGGCAUACACCAAGCAUCAAACAACAGAAAGUGAAAUUUGUCAGAUGGACAUUUUUUCUUUUCAGUGUAAAGCUAUUUUUAGUCUGGGCUGAAGAUUAUUUCCUUUUAACCACUUGUUUUAAAUAGGGUACCCAUAAAUGUGUCAUUUAACUGUAGUAGAGGGUCUAGUUUGCCAUCCAGCAUUUGAAUCCUCUCCUAUGAAAGUGACACCGUUUCUUUAAACCGUGUCAUUGUUUUUAUUGUGUUUAAAUCUUUCGCCUGUUUGACCAGGAGACCCAUGCAGCAAUUCAGCUCUUGUUAAACACUUUGAAUCCACACCUUGAAAAAAUACCAAAAGAGAUGAGACAGGAAAAUAUAUAGGUAUCAUCAGCAUUACAAUGAUAUUUCCCAGAGAUAGAACUAACCAAAAGUUAGAAUAUAUAAUCGAAGUAAAGGACUUAGGGCGCAUUCACACCACCCUCGUUUAGUCCAGUUGAACCGAACCCUGGAGCGUUUACCCCCUUGUUGCGGUUCGUUUGGGUCGGUGUGAACGCUGACCUCGAACUCUGGUGCGGACCAAAUGAACGAACUCUGGUCCACCUGAAGAGGUGGUCUCGGACCGCUAUCAAGUGAACUCUGGAGCGGUUCAUUUCUGGAAAUGCACCACACACGUCAUUUUACAAUGCUGGUUGUGAAAUAAAUGUUGUCCGCUCACCUCACUUGUCCCGAUUGACACCAGAGAGAAAACGCAUUGUAGUUAAUGCCUGUCGCCGUCUCGUCUUUAUCUGUCUGUUGUUUGCGGCAUGUCUACUCCAGAAUGUAUUAAAUAAAGCUGCAGUUUGUGCUCGCUGGCUAACGAGCCGUUCAUACGCACGAUCAACUAGCGUCUUUUGAUACGCGCUCCAGAUGAGUAGCAAAAGCAAUAUCAGCCUGUGAUGCUCCAUGACAGGCGAAGACAGCAGAGCGGGGUUUGUAUUCCCACAUAAACUAAUGACCAAUAACCGAACGAUAUUCGCGGUCACGUGUCUUCCGGUUCCGUUUUCUUGAGCAAUUGAGUUUGUCCUAUGUGAACGCAAACCGGACCAGUUAAACAAUCAAAACAAAUGUAUCAUCUUGCCUUGGAUUCGAAUCAGGAAACGGACCUUUAGGUGUAAACACAACCUUAGACUGGUUCCCUGAGAAAAAUAGUUCCAAACAGGAUCAAAACAGAGAAAUAAAAUAGUGUAUUAUCAGCAUAAAAGACAUAUCUGACUUGUGAUGACAAGUCACAUGUGAUGAUUACUGAUAUGACAUAGACAUGAUGAUCAAAAACACAUGAAUGAAAGGAGAAAACCCCCAGUUUUUAGACACCUCGUAUUCAAACUCUGUUUUCACCUCCAAAAAUGUUAAUUAUAGUUGUGUUUUACUGUGUAAUAGGGUUAGUAUUCAUCGUUGUGAGGUUGUUGUUUUUUUACCAAGAUUGAGUAUGUUACAAAUUCGCAGAUGCUUUAAUCCAAAGGGACAUACAUAUGAGAACAUAGCAACACAAGCAAGCAAAGAUCUCGACAAUCAAUCUUAGAAUGUUUACAGAGAAUAGAAAAGGACCUAGAAUACUUCCCUGAGGAGUCCCAAAUAAGGCCAAAUGUUUUUAAGACUUAAAGAUGGUGUAAAUUAUCAACUUCAGGUGAGGCAGCUCAGAAAGAAGUGAAGCAUCAUGGGUAUUACUAAGUGCUUGCCUUUGACUUUGUUGUUUUUGAUAUUUUUUAGAGGCUGAUUGUGUGUUUGGAGGAGUCACUUUACAUUCACAACAUCCGAGACAUGAAAGUGCUGCACACUAUCAGAGAAACUCCACCCAACCCUUCAGGUGAGCCUGAUCUCAGCACAGUUCAGCGUGUGUUUAGGAUAGAAAACCAGGUAGAUACAGUGGGUAAAAAUGAUCAAGAACAGGGGGGGCUUGUUUUUUUCCCGUACUACAUGCUCACAGUGAAAGCAACAGUGGGGUUUCCCUCAAGGCUGAGAGCUGUCUCAGCAAUCUGAGCUGCUGCAGUGAUAUUUGUGGAGUAGAUACAUCCACAGAGCAAACACCCACUCAUGCAGUCAGAGCUAGUACGCUAUAAUAUCACAGUCUCACUCUGUACCAGUCUUUCUGUCAGUUACUGUUAUUCUCAGACAAAUGUAGGGAUCUGAUUAAACUUCUCUCCUUUAUUGUGUUUGUGGUCAUAUUUUGCAGGAUUGUGCGCCCUUUCUAUCAGCAACGACAACUGUUAUCUGGCCUACCCUGGCAGCACAACGAUAGGAGAGGUUCAAGUGUUUGACACAGUGAACCUGGUAAUGAAAGCCUUCUGCUCUUUCUUUGACAAAGCCUGUACAGUAAUCUUUGGCACCUUUUUCCUUUUCUCCUUUGCAUUUACUCACCAGUAAUUCUCAAGUGUGCAGCGAUUUACUUGAAGUGGAAGUUUCAUAUGACAGCUAGAACAAAUUGUAACUGGUUAUGAAUGGCUUCCUCUAGUCCAACAGUCAGUGUCUCCUUCUAUCAGUCACAGCUUCGUGAAGCGGUCUGUAUCUCUAACGCGUGUCUGUUUUUGUUUCCCAGCGAGCAGCGAACAUGAUUCCAGCCCACGACAGCCCGUUAGCGGCUCUGGCUUUUGACGCCAGUGGAACCAAACUGGCCACAGCCUCGGAGAAGGUAGAGACGCUCUGUGCUAUACAUUGUUCUUUAGUCUCCGUGCAGUCUUUGUCUGUGUGUGUGUGUCUUUUCGUUGAUGUGUUUCCGCCUGAUUCAGUGGCUCUCAUUUCCUCCCAGGGCACAGUCAUUCGUGUCUUCUCCAUCCCAGAGGGACAGAAGCUCUUUGAGUUUCGGAGAGGAGUCAAGAGGUAGAUUUUGAUGAUUUUUGCACUACAGUUUUGCUUAUUUAAGGAUGAUGUGCACAAAUGUAUUUUUGAAGGAUAUCUUCACAUUGACUGAAGCCUAAAAGAAAAUAGACGAUUUCUUAGUUACACUUUAUUUAAACUAAAAGCUAUAAUGAAGGGGAGAAAUCCGCGAAAGCAUUUUGUGAAAAGGUUCUACUCUAAAAAUGAGUGUCUGUUGAACAGUCUUAAUGCAGGGUAAACUGUGUGCCUCUUUGUUUCUGACUUCAGGUGUGUGAGCAUCUGCUCUUUGGCGUUCAGUAUGGAAGGUCUGUACCUGUCGGCCUCCAGCAACACAGAGACGGUCCACAUCUUCAAAUUAGAGACGCAGAAGGAGAAAUAUGUGUGCGUACCUCUCUGUGUCUGUCUGUUCACACGUUUGUGCUGUUACCUGAAAACACUGGCCUCUGAUGUUGUCUGUCUGUUUUGUGUGUAGGCCAGCGGAGGAGCCCACCACAUGGGGAGGUUACCUGGGGAAGGUCCUGAUGGCGUCCACCACUUACUUACCCUCCCAAGUUACAGAGAUGUUCACCCAAGGGCGAGCCUUUGCUACUGUCCGCCUGCCCUUCUGUGGACAUAAGAACAUCUGCGCCUUAGCCGUGUGAGUCUGAAAGAUCUUUUUUAUGUUUUUUGCUUGAAGUGAUUUGUCGUUACCUCUAAAUACUGAAAAGCUUCAUGUUUUACCUGUUUUUUCUUUUACCUUUUGUCCUAAACAUUUUUCACAUACUGUUUAUAUUGGUAUAUCUUGAAUUAAGUGUUUUUAUACAACAGUAUUUUUAUAUAUCAGUUGCACAACAUGUAUUUAGGCCAAAGCUGCUGAAAUCAGUGUUCAGUGAAUCAGAGGAACUUGAUCGUUUACCUUCAUUUCCAGAUUCAAGUCAAUCUUUGUUGUUUCAGGAUCCAGAAGAUCCCCAGGUUGCUUGUUGCAGCAGCUGAUGGUUACCUGUACCUGUACAACCUUGAUCCACAGGAGGGAGGGGAGUGCACACUCAUGAAGCAGCACAGGUAACACACACCUGUACAGCCUAAAUACAUGAGUGUCACCGAUGUGUGCAGGACUUUUUAUGCGUCUUAGUUAUUAGAAUAAGGCUCAGGAUGUUUUUUGGCUGAAUCUACUUUUGUUGACCUUAGGUUAGACGGCAGCACUGAGCCGCCCAAUGAGAUCCUUGAGCAGGCGUCACUUGAUCGCCCACUUGUGGCCCAAACCUACAGUGCUGCGGUUACUAAAGGUAAGCCACACAGAUAUGCAUGCUUAACGUCUGUUUCUUUGUAAACUCCUGAAGAAGCAACUUUUAUUUAAGUACACAUGUAACUAGGGUUGUGCUUUUGUUUUAGUCUUUUUUCCGAGCUUAUGUUUAGCUUAUGUUCUGAGAUCAGGCUCACCUUCAGUUUGAUGUUUAGGUCAUAAAAAAGGAUAAAGUUGCAGUAAUGUCAGACGGAAAUUGGAAGGAAAUCAUUCCUACUGUAUGAAGCUUUACUUCUGUUUGAAGUUGUUCCACUGUUUUGUCUCUGAGGUUACUGUGAAGAGCAGGGCGCCGUAGGAGGGGCAGGACUAGAAGACGACCUCAACGACUUGCGCUUGGACGAGGAGAAUGAGCAACCGCCACUCAUCCUUGAAACUGACUGAUUUAACAGACGGCUGUACCCACCAAUCAGAGAGCUCCUCUGGUGCUGCUAAGAACAUGUGACACGAGGGGGGCGGGGACAUGAUCAGAGACUGGGGGGUGUUUUUAAAAUGCUCUGUGUGUUCACGAGCCUGUCUGUGAGUCUGUCUGUGCGUCAUUUUUUCCUCCCUCUAUUCCCUCAGUUUCGCCUCGCAGGCCGAGCUGACGCUUUGCAUGUACAUGUGCCAACCGCUAAAAACAUGCUCCAAUGUGAAAACAAGUAUCUGUGAGUGUGUGCGUGAGUGUGUAUUGGACAUUUGAUCAAAAAGUAAAUGUAGCUGUGUCUUCACUUCAGACACACACACACACUGACGCUAGCACUGUGUAAAUGAAAGUGAUUGUGUAAGUGCCUCGCUGCCCCAGUGUCAGGGUUUCUUCUGUUUGAGGGGGGAUCUUUUCGCGUUGGCUCAAUAAAACCUUCUUCAUUUGUCGGAUCUUAACUGAGGGUGUGUUCAGUAUGUUCUCUGACCUUUUCCUCUCUCACACACACACUCACACACUCUGGCUCAACUGUACCCCUCUCGAGGCUCAUUUGAAGCUUUGAGCAUGAAGCAGACGUGUUCGCGGAUUAAAGUGUGUGUUUGUGCUCUCUGGCUGGGACCUCAUUUGCUAGUGUGCGAGUGUGGGUGAGUGUGCUGGGCAUGUACAUUAGCAAACACUGCAUAAUUAGCCCUCACUUGUCCCUCUGUUUUACCUCAUUCAAACCGAGGCUCAGUGGACCGCCCCCCUUCCCCCCAGGCCUGCAGUCAUUGGUUGAUUUUAAACACUGAUAUUAAUGAUCUUUUAAAACCUUAUAACCAAUCAUAACCAAUGAUGUGUCAUGCGUACAAAAACAUGCAUGGUGGUGUUGAUGGUACUUUGUCCAUACAUUGAAGACGUUCAGGUGGUGAUGAUCAUCUCUGUACAUUACCAGCUGUGGAAAGAAAUCUCUGUAUCAUACUGUCAGGUUAUGACCGCGACGCAUACAACUGCGAUGAUGUGUGUGUGUGUGGCCAUGGAGCGAACUGUGGAUUAUCAUUUGAUUGAUGUGGUGCUCAAUCUGAGCAUCAUCAACUGGUCCAGGAUGCUGCGUGGUUCCUCAUUAAUCCUCAGCUGUCUGAAGGAUUAGCUGUGGGAUUUUGGAGUGUCAGGCAUUUUCUAAUGAUUUUGUACAAAAUGUGAAACGUUCAUCUGAAACUAUAAUGAAAAUAAAUUCCAUGUUGAUGUAUGAGAUAGGUGCCUUUUGUUCUUGUUACAACCUAAAAA